GUGAUUUAACCAUUUCGCAGGCUUAAAAUAAAAGUGACACUAUAUGAAAUAUGUCAAUUUUUACUUUUUAGUAUAUUCAAGUUUUACAUCAAAAGCGUCACUAAACGAAAUAACCUAUUUGCCUAUAGUCCCCCUUAUUUCUCCUAGAUUGCGCAAAUGUCACUUUAAACUAACGGAAAUUUCAGCCGUGCUUUACUUCAAUAAUGACACAUGACACUAUACACUAUAAUAGUUGUGUCCAAACAGACGUGCAGUACGCAUCGCGCUUUUAUUGGAAAAGUGACAUUUUUUGGUUAGUGACAGUGUAUUAUUUCCAGUUGUUCGAGAAUCUUAAACUGACAGUAUGAACAGAGGCCAGAAAAUAUUGGCGAUGGCGCUAAACAUUGAAAACAAAGAAAAUGUUAGCACAUCUGAGGGAGAGACCAAAAUAACAAACAUGAGUAGAACACCAUCAGCCCCUGCGGCCACUAAAUGUAUUGAAAGCCAAGAGCCAUUAACACCUUUUCAAGAAGUAGCCAUUUGUUCGAAUAUUGAAAGCGUUGAAAUGUUCAACUCUUUGAACAGCAAAGAAGAAAACACCCGCCGACAAUCAAUCCCUUCAAACUCCAGCUCAAGUUCAUUGUCUAGUUCCUCCUCAUCGACUAGUUCCUCCUUAUCAACUUCAAGUCCUAGUUCUUCGUCUGCAGGUCCAUUAAACGAUGCUGAGAAUGAUCAAGAUGAAGAAAGUGAACCUGAACCAUUUUCGUCAGGUUCUGAAUGUGAUAGAACAUAUCAGCAUCCCACUAAAAAAGCUCGACGAAGAAUUUUUAGUUCAAGCUCGUUAACAGCUUCUAAAAAUUUACAGAAAAACCUAGAUCUUCCAGCUGAAAGCACUACUGAUGGAGUUCGGCAGAUACCCAGAUCUCGGAAAAGGUCUGCAAAUACAAGGCGUCCUAUUAUUGCUAAGAAUCUGAGAAAUUUAGGGCAAGAAUACGUAUCGGUCUCAAAAUCAAAACGAAUUAUUGAAGCUCGUAAAAUGGGACCAUCCUGUGGAGAUCAUUGCCGAUUAAAAUGCAGGGACAAAAUACCACAAGCAGCUCGACAUCUGCUAUUUGAAGGGUAUUGGGGAAUGGGGUCGCUUGAGCGUCAAAGAGAGUUUAUUGCACGAAGUAUGACAGAAAUUAUUCCUAAAUACCAGUACAAAAAAAUAAAUUCAAACAAAAAAUCUAAACACUCCUUUACUUUUAAUUUGGAUAAUGCCAAAGUUAAGGUAUGUAAGAUAUUUUUUUAAAAUACCCUAGGAAUAACUGAUAGACCUAUAAGGACAGUGAUUAGUAAAAUGCACAGCAGGGGAAUCUUAGUUGGAGAAGAAAGAGGGAAGCACAAAAAACAUAAAAAAAUAUCGGAUGCGUUGUUAGAUGGCGUCAAAGAUCACAUUAAUAGUAUUCCUCGGAUAGAGAGCCAUUAUUUAAAAAAACAAACGUCUAGGGAGUACAUUGAUGGUGGAAAAAAUUUAAUAGAUUUAUACAAUGAUUACAAAAAGAAUUGAAAACAAUUUACAGUUCGUUAAGUUACAUACCUACAGAAAAAAUUGUAAUUGUAAUUUUAAUAUUAGUUCCUUUAUACCGAAAAAAGAUCAAUGCACGGCAUAUAAAGCAGAAAAAAAGAAGGAGCUAGAAGAAUACAACCGACAUUUACAAGAAAAAGAAAAAAGUAGAGAAGAAAAGCUAAGAGACAAAGAGUUAAUUUUCGAAGAGUUUGUUGUAGCUUGCUAUGACUUGCAGGCUGUAAUGACUAUACCUAAUGGCGAAGCAUCUACCUUCUACUACAAAUCUAAAAUUAACUGUUUAAACUUUACGAUAUGCGAACUAGGUAUAGAUCAAACGGAAUGUCAUUUUUGGGACGAGUCUGACGGUCAGCGUGGAGCGAAUGAGAUUGGCACGUGCGUUUUACGUUUUCUUCAGAAAAAGUCGGCAGAAAGCAUCUUGGAUAUGGAUUGUGUUUUCUAUUCUGAUAAUUGCUGUGGUCAGCAAAAAAACGAAUUCAUUAUUGGAAUGUAUAUUUACGCCGUUAAAAAUCUUAAGUUUAAAUCGAUAACCCACAAAUUUUUAAUUAGGGGGCACACCCAAAAUGAAGGGGAUGCUGCGUAUUCCAUAAUUGAGAAAGAAAUAAGGAAAACAAAACAGUCUUGUUCUAUUUACGUCCCGGCACAAUAUGUAACUGCUAUAAGAAAUUCAAAAAAAUGUGGCAAUCCUUUCGACGUUAAUGGACUAUCUUAUGCAGAUUUUACUGAUAUCAAAAAUUUAUCAAGCGUUUCAUUGAAGAAGAAUGUUAAUGGGGAGGUAGUAAAAUUAUCAGAUAUUAAAGUAAUAAGAAUUGAAAAAACUGCUAAUAAUGAUAUCCAAAUAUUUUACAAAACAUCUUAUUUUGAUAACAACUAUAAAGAAAUAGCUCUACAAAGAAACUUUCAGCGUAUUUGUGAUCAGCAAAAUUUAAAAUCUUUAUAUCAAAAAAAAAUUAAAAUAUCAGAACGUAAGAAAAAUUAUAUACAAAUCCUUAUUAACGCCAAUCUCAUUCCUCAGUUCUACCAUUCCUAUUAUAAUAAUAUUUUAAAAGAAUAAGAUGAUUAAGCUUUGUAAUUUAUCGCCUUGAAAAUAAUUUUUGGAAUUUUGGUUUUCUGUUUGUUUAAUCUCCUGUUUAGAAUUUAGUAGUACCUAUAAUGUAAGUUUCGUUCAUAUUUUUUAACCUUUUCUGUGCAGAAUUUAAUAGUAAGUUUUGUUAAUAUUUUUAUAUCCACAUUUCUAAUAAAAACCACAAAAAACGUAAAUUUUUAUUAUCUUUUAUUUCACAAUGUACUCCAAAACUAAUAAUAGUGCCUAGCAAAACAUGUCACUAUUAGCAAAUAUUUUCCAAAUCUUUUGCAAAAACAAAAACAAAAUGACACUAAAAAAACAGUUUUAGCUUAGGUUCUGACAUAAUAUUUUAGAAGAUUAUACCAGGUGCAAUAUUAGGCAAUAGAAAACAUUGCAGAUCAUCAUUAAUAUUAAGGAAAAAACUCUCAUACAAAUUAAAUUAACUUUUUGAAAUUAUCCCUAAAAUUAAAACCGCUCUACUGUAAAUUUGCCAUAGUGUCACUUUUGUUUUCAACGUGCGAUUUAUUGGAUAAAUAUUUAUCUAAUUCAAGACAUUUCUU